AUGAGCUGGUUCGGCCUCAGCAAACCUUCUACUGCAGCGGAACCCGACGAGCCAAAGGCCGUCCGUGCUCUGCCUGCGAUAUGGUACCGCUCGCCCGCCAUGUACGAGCUGGAGAGGCGAGCCAUCUUCUCCAAGCGGUGGAUGCUCGUCUCCCAUAAGGUACGCUUCGUUGAGGCGGGUGACUUUGUGCAAGUUACUCAGGCGGGCUUCAACUUCUUCCUCGUCAAGGACCGCAAGGGCGAGAUCAGGGGCCACCACAACAUUUGCCGACAUCGUGCUUAUCCCUUGGUUGAGAAGGACAGCGGACACAUGAGCGUACUUGCUUGCAACUACCACGCAUGGUCGUAUGGUUUCGACGGCAAGCUGGCAAAGGCGCCCAAGUACCAGGAGCUGCCUUCUUUCGAUAAGAGCAAGAACAGUCUGUUCAAGGUUCACGUCCAUGUAGAUCAGCUCGGCUUCAUCUGGGUGAAUCUGGACGGCGCGGAGAAGCCGUCGGUGCCGUGGGAGGAGUUCUUCGCCGAGGUGGACACACAACCGCGGUUGGAGGGAUUUAACUUGGAUGACUAUCACUUUGAUCACACGUGGGACAUGUUGGGUGAUUACAACUGGAAGACGCUUGCGGAUAACUACAAUGAGACUGGCCACCCUGCUGUGGCCGCUACCACAGACUUGACGAGGUACUGGGUUGAGACGCAGGGAAAUUGGAUCCAGCACUGGAAUGUCGACAAGGAGACUGUUCCAGGUCUGGGGAUUCACAGCUGUUACCUCUACCCUAAUGCAUCCAUGACUGUAACACCGGAUUUCAUGUAUAUCCAACGCUGUGUCCCCGUCUCAGCAACCCAAUCCAAGAUGGAAUACGAAGUCUACCGCCACAACACAGCCACCGAUGAAGCCUUCAACUUCAUAUCAGACUUUUUCAAGCAGGUCCUCCGCGAAGACAAGGACCUCUGCAAUGGCGCACAAAAGAACCUGAACGCGGGCGUCUUUAUGAACGGGGAGCUGCAUCCGCGCGUGGAAAAGGGACCGCUGUUCUUCCAGGAGAUUACGCGGAACCUGGUGAUGCGGCACAAGGAGCAAGAAGAUCAGGAGGGCGGCGAGAUUUGGCCGGCGACGCCGAAGCACGAUGUCUCUGAUAAGACGGGUGAGGAUGUGUCGUUUUGUCGGAGCCUUGAUUGUGGGGCUGGGCAGGGGCAGAUUGAGGGGUUGGCUUGGUGA